UUGUGACCGAUUUGCAUUCCGACGACCGAUGCUCUUCUUUGUCACAAUACACACAAGCCUUUCGGGUUCCGGGUUGAGCACCACCUUUCUGCUGGGUGUGAAAACAUCCUCGGGGCUGUUCUCGUUUCUUCUGCGUGUCAUCAUGCUUGGGGCUGUCAAGUGGAUUCCUCCUGGUCCAGAAUUGCAAAGCUUCAGUUAGUUGAACGUAUGUCCAAUCUUCCCAUUUAGUAUCGUUACGGGCAAGAUCUCCCCUGAUCGCAGGUAGCUUUUCCAAGGUCAUGGAAACAGUGCCAUUCACUGCGUCUAGCUUCUUCAAUGUUUCGAGUGACUGCACACAAUAAGCCAAUUUAUCAUGAAACUCAUGGAUUUUCUUCACAUUUGCAGUCGGUAUAUGGGGCAAUUCCAUAAUUUCCUUGACAAAGCAUUUGACUAUUUCACAUUCCUUCCCGAAUCGGUCUUUCAAUAUAGCAGUAGCUCGGUUAUAGCCCUCUGCGGUAUGGGGCAAAGCUUCGAUUGUCUUUCUUGCUUUCUCACACAAUAAUUCCUUUAAGUAAGAAAAUUUACUCACAGCCGGUAUACUUGAUUUAUGAAUAGUUUCCGAGUACAAGUUCCAAAAUCUUGGCCAAUCUUUGUAACUUGCGUUGAAUUCCGAAAUUUGAAGCUUAGGCAAUUUCGCUUGUAAUUUGCUGACUUCGUCCUGUUCCUUCCCGGAUGUUGGUUUAACAGACACUUCCGCUUCCGCGCUUGCAUUUUAAUUUUCGCCUCGUGUAAUUUAAGCUCAAGUUCGAUUCGUUUUUCUUGCUCUUGUUUUUCCCGUUCAGCUUUUUGCUCUUGUUGAAUCUCUUCUAACCUUGAUUCCUUUGUUUUAAGCCAUUCUUGCAACUUUUCAAUCGCUUCGUCACCGCUUUCCAUUACGCUUUCGAUUUCGCUAUUCCAUUCGUCAAUUUCUUCGUCGUUUACACCCUCAGAGAUUUUUGUCGCUUCGAUUUCCCGUCUCAAUUUAUUUACUUCGGACAGAGUUUCUUUAAUAGUAUCCACAUGUCUAACGAUUGCUUGUUCUUUUCCAUUGUUUACUAUAGUUUCGGUCUUCCCAAUCGCUCGUUUUAGUUGCGUUAUCUUCGUCUCGAGUGCCGUAACUUCGAGUUUAGGCGGCAUGUUGUUUACUCUAAACCUUCGCUUAUAUUAUUCUAAUUUAAAGGUUUUACUCACAUAUUCUGGGCUACAACUUCGCAUCGGGUGUGCCAGGUGUUGGGAAUUUUGCUUUAAGUAUCACCAACAAAUCACUAGUUGUAUUUUUGAUAUAUAAUAUCUCAAAUCACUCUCGUAUCACAUUUUUUACAAUGGUUUCGCAGUCAAAGUCUCACAACAACAAAAAUUCCUGUUUUAAAGGAAAACUAUAUCUCACGCCAUCGCGCGUGGAGUUCACGUGUUCUAUUACUAUUUUAACUAUAGACUGAGGUAAAGUCUCCGACACUUCGUCGCUAAGAAACUUUAUUUGCUGUUCGAGCCUAAGUUUUUUUUUAUUUUUCUUCCUCAAGUUCUAAGUAUUGUCUGUUGUUGAUGCUGCGAACGAGGAAAGAUAUGAAUAAGAAAGCCUCAGCAGUUAUCGGGAAUCGAGAUUUCGAAAAUUUAAUAGUAAAUAUAUAGAAAACAUCAAAACUGCGCGCCCUAUAUCUCAGGUGCGCAGUACAAACUUUUCACACUGGUCGGGAAAUCCUUUCUUUGAGGCCUCAAUAAGCAAGUAAGUUUGCAAGUUUAAAUUAUUCACCCUCAUUUGGUUUGUAAAUAAGCCGAACAUUUGCUAGUUUCCAGAAAAUUCUCGAUUCGUUUAUUUAUAUAAAAUUUGUGUGGUAUAUCUUGAUGAACCAUUGUCAUUGAGAGUCAGUGAAGUUUUAUUAUGUUUGAUGUCCCUAUAAUUCUGUAAUUUGUCUAUAACAUGAUAAUUUAUUAAUAUAAUUUUGUCUUGUCGACUUUUACUUCAAGCUUUCGUGGUAAUUUCUCACAUUUAAAACGCUCUCGGCGUCAGCGGUCACCAUAUUUCAUUGCGUAAAAUACAAAGUGCGUCACGCGCAUAGGUCACGCGUACCGAGAAAAUUGAUACUGCACGUGCGCACAGCUAAAUGGCAAAUGUCCAUUCAAAUAGACUCAUGUUUUGGCAUCGGAGUAGUGAGAGUGAAUCAAGAAAUCGCAUUAUAAAUCAACAGAAAUCCGUUUAGAAAUUAACAGAAAUCAGAUUAGAAAUCAAGAAAUCAGGUUAGAAAUCACGUGAUUUCGAAAUCUCGUACGCUUCAUGUGGCCGUGUCGGACCCCUCGGUUAGGAUAAACAUUUUCACAGUAAGAAUAUUCUGACAUUGCUUGGCUACUAUUUUUCAAUAAUCAGUAUAGCCCAAAAUUGACCAUGCAUGCAUUUAAAACAAAUAGAAUUUGAAAAAAACAACUAUACAAUUUGCUCGACAAUUUGAAAACUUAAAUAUAAACAGUUUUUGUGUUAACGUACCAGCCGGCCUGCUCGGAAUCCAUUGAAAGUUCAUUGUAAAGUGUUUUUUUUACUAAUUGAUUUGACUUCUAUUAUUGGUAUAACUGCCGCCGACACUCCAAAAAUAUUCAGCGUGAAUCUUUUUCGUGCGACUGCAGUCGUUGACAUUACAGUCAAUGACAGUGUUACGGAAAACUAUAAAGGCUGCAAAAUAUCUCCAUUUUAUGAAAAAAGCACAAAAAAGCCCCGUUCAAUUUUACGUGAGACAUAGCCAAGUUAAAUGUUUAUAGCUUGGCGUGUUUAAAUUUAUCUCAACCUAUCUCAACGAGGAGAAAACACUAUUUUAAAUACGUCCGCGCUUUGACAAAAAAUUAAAAAAUGUCGUCAAAAUCGAGUUCAAAAUGCAUGUCUUUUCCUCAACAAUCGCUUCGUUCAUUUUGCAUGUGAAAUAGAUAGUAAUUUUAACUAUAUAAGCUGAUACUAGAUACUUCACUAAACUUUUAUAGUAUGUAUUUGAGGCAGGAAGUGAUUUCGUUCAAAUGAUAAUUGAAAAUUUGUGCUGUUUAAAUAUCGUAUUAUCUGCAUAAGUAAGUGUAGUAGUCGCGAAUCUAUUGUUGUGCGGAGUAUACGGAAAACUAUAUAUAAAAGGCUGCAAGAUAUCUCCGUUUUAUGAAAAAAGCACAAAAAAGCCCCGUUCAAUUUUACUUGAGAGAUAAAGCCAAGUUAAAUGUCUAUAGUUUGGUGUGUUCACAUUUAUCUCAACCUAUCUCAACAAGGAGAAACCAUUAUUUUAAUUAAAUACGUCUGCGCUUUAAAUUUUGCAAAUAUUUUCAUCGCUCGAGUAAAAUUUUUGCCCUGAUAUUUUCUUUCAACGAGUGUUCAGUAACAAACAACACAAGCUAUUACAUGUGAUAUAACUUAUUAAAUAAUAUUUCAAAUUUUAAUUAACGAAACAUAAUUACUUAGCAUUUAAAUCCUUUGUUUUCUCGUUUGCUCGUUUACAUAUAUUUUUUUUGUUGCCAUCUUGUACGCGAUUUUCUGAUUUUUUUAAAGAAAGCGCGCUCGCGCCAAUCCUAAUGUGCAUCACACGUAGCACGGUAAUUUAUUAGCGCGUUGCACCGCCCGUGUUGUACAGCGCCCUGAUUGGACCAAUCAGUGUCCUCUAUUAAUGACAGUCCGCCAUAUUUUUGAGAUCAGUGAGGAUGACCACCCACCGAAACAUCGUUGGUGAGCCACGCCCGCGAUUAUUGAUGAACUUUAGACUUCGCUAAUGCUUUCGUUUCCCCAGGUGUAAAUAGCCGGGGGGAAUUAGUACCCUCGAACGGCGCUUCGCGCCGUCCGCUCGGGGACUAGAUUACAGAUUUACCCCAAUAUUUAUAUUACCUAUUUCUAACAUAGGCCUAUCAAUCACUAGCAUGCAGUUAAUUGCAUGGAAUUCUACUGAUUGUUUCUCAUCACUCAACUGUCCACUGAUACGUUACAGAAACACAGCCAUUUCACGUUUCGAUCACAUAUAGGCCAAAUUGACUGUUUCACGAAAAUUAAAAAGCAUGUAGCCAUGUUUUUAACUGCAUGACAUUGUGUAAAUAACAUUUUCUAUCUUGAGUAUUUCAUACAUUUGUUAUGCCGUUGGCCUAUAUUAAUUUACAGUUUCUGUGAAUAAUUUCACCAGAGUACUGAAAGCCUCUUUUAAAACCAACCUGGAUAUAUCAAGUAAAAUUGUUACAUCCAAAGCGUGCAUGCGCUUCUUCAUCGAUCACUCACUACUCGAUCGUACUACAGGCCUUUACCACCUCAAUAUACAAUGAGUAAAGAAUAUUUAAUACAUAUUAUAGUCGUUAGAUAAAGCACUGAAAUGCAGAGAAACCGAGUAGGAGAGAGAAACAAGUGUUUAUGUAAAGUAUGGUUCUUAGACGAAAAUAUACAUCGCUUAACAUCAUAUUUUACAAAAUAAAAAAUAAUACGCAGUCCUAUCACAGAUUGCGUUCCAUAUAAGUGCAGGGCCCUUCACGCAAUGAUGCAUUAUAUUGUUAGCUCUGCCGCCCACAGUCCUCCUGUGUAACUCUUGACUACGUAGAGUUGGAAUUCCUGAUUAGUCAAGAGCAGAUUAUAUAAAAGGGGUUCUAAAUAUAAAGAUGAUAUCCAUACCGCCUUGGAGGCACAGGGUCGUGUGAAAUCCAUGUUAUCUCUCUCUCUCUUUCUCUCUGGUGUGUAUUGGUGAAUAAAAGUAAAGGCAGGUUAGCAUGCUUAAAGUUUCUGGUUUUUUGGUAACAUUUAUUUUUAUAAUAGUUCCUCACAUAGGUUCUAUGAAUUUAUCUUAGCUUUUACAUAUUUUUCAUGUUCCAACACAUGCGUGGAUGUGGGAUAUAAAUCUCCUAACAUCACCGACGCGUGGCUUUAGUGUAGAUUUACCAAAUAGCUAGUGUUUUAAAACAUCCUCGAGUAGGCCUACUUUUUAACGUUUAAACACUGUCAAACAAUGCAUAAUAUUUAUAUGGAUUAAUAUGAUGUUUAAUUAAAAGCUUUGGAAUUUUCAGACUUUUACAGACUUUUCAUCGAAGUGCACGACUCUUCAGAAGUGAUUUGCUUAUGACAGUAUGCCUUUUAAAAUUUAAAAUUUUAAAUAUUCCCAAUAUCUUAAUGCAAAUACUCAUUACUCAGUUAAUUUCUAUUCAGAUACAUUGUUACAGUACCAGAAAAAUGCCGAAAAGUGCAAAUGUAUCAAUCACAUUGCUAGUUUUCUUGUGUGCAAUACACCAAAGUUUCCAAUGCAGACCUCCACCGGAUUGGAACCCUCCUACAAUUGCCGAAUUAACUGAGAAAGCUCCGAUCGUUGUCCGAGGUUUCGUGGUUAAAAAAGUGGGUAAUAUCAACCUAUACACAGCGUGCCUGCGUAUUUCUCAUGUCUAUAAAGGUUCAGGUGUAAAGAGCUACAUUUGCGUGUCAAGGUUUGGCUCAACAUCCGUGUGUCUUUCUGAUCCUGCUUAUGGAGUGGAGUACUUGUUCUUCUUGAACAAAAAAAUAAAUGAGAAGUUAAGAACCGAGUAUGAAGCUCGUUAUGAUACUAUACACUCCGCAACACGAUUGUUCAAGAAAAACUCGGACGACGAAGUUAGGGAUGGAAAAUGCUGCCCUGGAACAUCGGAGAGUACGUAUCUAUAAUACCCCCUAGUAUUGCUAAUUCGCUCGAAUAAGAUAAAGUUAAAUUAAUUGGCAUUUCAUUAAUUAGCUAAGAUUGAUGAUCUAACGACACUUAACAAUUUCACCAUAGCAGCGAGUUCUUAGCCAGAAAAAUUUCUUUCUUCCGAGUAUAUGAAAGACAGAUAUUUGACUUCAUGUAAUAUGCAAAUUGAUGCUGUUAUACUGUUGAAAAAACACCAAAUAAUAUUAGCAACCUUAGUUUCUACUAUGUGUUAAUACAUGUGCUGAAAGGUCCCGUUUAUUUUUUGGUUUUUGUGUGUUUUUCUCUCAUUUAAGAUGGCACGUUGCCGAUGACGAUAUAGUAAUGAUUUGCAAAUGACACUUAGCCGCAGUUAUAUAUGCAUGGAAAGAAGAAGCAAAUAAUAAAAUAAUUUUAGAAAACAUGUUAAUUGGAUGGUUAUUGCAUGGUUAGGAAACAAUAAAAUUGGAGUAAAAUUGUCGUUUAGGCACAUGCAUUAAUUAAUUUGAACAAAGUUAUACGCAUACACAUGAUGUAUCAAAAAAAGUAAUCCAUAUUUGACAUGUUAUCACGCGUUGAUUCAUAUGUCAAUGGGUCAUUCCAGAAAAGAUCCAUACCCCCCCUACGGAGGAAAUCGAAAAUAACCCCCUCCCCCCCUUCGGACAUCCUUGAAUGGUUCAUCCUCCCCCCCCUCUCCGGACAUCCAAGCCCAAAAUUACCCCCCUCCCCUUCGGACAUCCACUAUUUCUAAAUUUUUCUAAAGGCUACCUCGCCGUUUGAAAACGUCACCGAAAAUUAGACUACGUUCACACUACGCGCGAGCGAACUAAUGCGGGCAGAAUUUACGUGUGUUCAUACUACCGCCAUUACAGUUUGUUUACAAAUUGAAUUAGCACUCGUGUAAACCCAAAAUAUUUCAAAUAGACCCAAGAAAUUUAACUGAAAAGCAUUCGUGUUUAUACGUUUGUGCAUGCAUGUUCACACGAAGCUAUCAAGCGCUCCGCCGUUUUCACCUCGCUCAGUUUAGAAACCGUGCUCAAAUUGUUACGGCAAAAGUGACGUGAAAGUUUUCAAACGAUUUCGCUCCAGCGUAGAGUGAAUUAGCGAUGGCUUAUUGUGACUUUUCUACGCUGUUCUCAAAUAGCUCCGGCGUGGCGGAACACUUGGCGGCUUCUUGUGACUUGCGAACACAAACACGUGGCAGGUUUUGUCGGAUAAUUUGCAGAAAUUCACUUCGAAAUUCGUUCAAGUAAAAUUCGGACUGAAAUUCGAUGUAACUUGCGACUGUUGACAAGCGUUGCUGUGUUUACUUACAUGUUAAUACAUUUUUUAGUAUUACUGCAUUCCUUAACCUCGCCCUUAAUAUGAAAGCCAUUUCUAUUUUCUAGACACGCACCUCGCAAGGAAGCUUUAUUGACUAUAUACUAAAACAAAUUGUUUUGAGUUCAGUUCACAUAGCAGUCUCUUAAUUCGAGCAACAGUUUAAUAACUAUUAUUUUUAACACUUGAAUAAUUCAAACUUAUAUAUGGCGAACGAAAACUGCAAACUAUAUAAAUAAAGCGUGUCAAUUUUCGACUCAUUCUCAACAUGCAGGAUACGCUGUUACAGCGAGUUAGUCAUAGGCGUACCGGGCGGGGGGGUGGGCGGGUGGGCGGUAGCCCCCCCCCAGUUUUUUGGGCAGUCGGGCAAUAUUCGAUUAACAGUCGGGCAAUUUUGGGUUGUUAUAAAAAAAAAUCGGACAAAUUCUGUCAAUUUUUUCUAAAAUUAAAAUUUUGUGGCAAAUGUAGAAAAUUUAGUAAAUUUCUGAGAUGCUCCGAAAAAUUUUGGUAUGUCCGGAAAAUUUUUUUGACCCCUUAAAUGGUACACUGACCGAAAUUUUUUUGGCGACGGGGGGGGGGUCGCCAAAAUAAAUUUUCCGGAAAAAAAUUUUUGGUACUAGUCGGGCACAAUCACGAAAAGUCGGGCAAUUUUACGAAAAGUCGGGCAAUUUUCUUUCCGCCCCCCUAAUUUUUUCCUUCCGGUACGCCCAUGGAGUUAGUUUUUGGUGGCCAUGCAUGCAAAAGUGGGCCGCUUAUUUUGCUUACAAGUUACGUGGACGUAUAAUUAUUGCUGUUACAUAAACGUUCCGGUGUUCAAGAGCUGCAUAUAUAUAGCCGAUAAAAAUUGCGUGCUCAUUAUAAUCGCCGAUCACAUGGCUUUAUCACAGUCUCAAACCUUCAGACAAACAUAUCCACAUUCCUCUCCCCCCCUUCGGACAUCCUAAGACAUUUUUCCUCUCCCCCCCUUCGGACAUCCUAAGACAUUUUUCCUCCCUCCCCCUUCGGACAGCAAAAAUUUCCUCCGUGGGGGGGGGGUAUGGAUCUUUUCUGGAACGACCCAAUAUUACACCUUUAUGGAAUAAUUGCGAUAAAAAUGACCAAACGCGAUCAGCUGAUUUAAAGUGAUUAGUUAAUUCAUAGUUAAUAGAGGAGAUGGUUUGGAAAAUCAUUAGCAUUACAAUAAACCUCACUAUCUAUGUUUUUGUUCAGGUUUAUGCAAAAAUGUGGUCUUUCAUCGUCACGUGCGUAUUGUAUUUUUGCUCAACCAGCCAAUAGCAACGGUUUUGUCCAAUUGCCCAUCCAUGACUUUAACAAUAGGACAUUUUGAACAUUCCUAUUGGUUGACUUGAGUACGGUGGCCCGUACGGGCCAACCCUUCUCCGUAGAAACUUGCACCUUCUCCGUACAAAUGUGUUGUUAUUCCAUGGAAAUCCAACUUCUCCGUGGAAUAUUGCAGUUGUUCUGUCACGAAAAGCCUUUUCUCCGUACAAAUAUGCAGUUUCUCCGUGGAAACACGCAUCUUCUCCGUGGAAACACGCAGCUUUUCUGUGGAAACACUGCAGCUUCUCCGCGGAAACCAGUGGCGGAAACGCGUAG